GGGAGGCCGAAGGGCCGCUGGCCCGACAUUUGUUUCACUUUCUCUAGAGUCUUGAACUCAGUAAUUCUAGCAAUGCCAGCUGCAAUGUCUCCUAAAUCAUACCAUGGCGAGUUCUUUGCGUCGUAAAGGCGAGCCUCUCCAUGGAUGAUGGGUUUCGAAGCAAGAGAUGGGCACUUCCACCUGGUCAUUUUAGCCGAAUAUACAGGGUGAUCGGACGAGUUGUGGCAGCUCGGGGUCUACCGAACACCGAUGCUAGAGGCAAAUCAGACCCGUACUGUGUGGUCAAGGGCAUCCGGUCGAACAACCACAUGUCCAACAUUCAUAUUACUAAGGUUGCUCAGAAUACACUGUCCCCCUACUGGGAGGAGUCCUUCGACUACAUGGUGCCAGCAGAGUGGGGCUUGGUGGAAUUGGUUGGUCUGAAGGCCAUGGUCUUCGACGCAGAUGAACCACAUACCCAUUGGCAAGGUAAUGAGGACUUUCUUGGCGGCUGUGAUAUUGACCUAUCCAACGCGGUCACAGGACGCGCCAUGACCCAUGAGCUUGAGUUGGCGGGUAUCCCAGUGAACAAGGCGAAAGGAAAGAAGCCGCGCAUCCAAAUCGUGGUCACAGUGUAUAAGGAGGUGAUUCCCAAGCCUCAACCUUUGUUGGACCAGCUGAUGGAAAGCGUGCGGCAGAUGGGCUACAUUCGCGAGGUUGUUGGGAAAGUUGCAAAGGCUCAGGCUCUCCGAAAUGCUGACCUGGUUGGUGCCAGUGACCCUCAGUGUAUUGUGAGGGUCAUUCUCAUGAGUGGUGAGGUUCGUGAGAUUCACCGCACCAAGACCAUCAAGGACUGCCUCGAUCCCAUAUGGAAUGAGGGAUUCCAUGCCAAGUUUGAGCAUGACGAGCAGCCGCUGCUCAUUGCUUUUGACAUUUGGGAUGCUGAUGGCCCAAAGGGUCGCGCGGAGGAGACAGGGGAGCACCUGGGAAGUGCCGUGGUUCCGCUGUGGGAUUGCUUGCCUCCUGAGCCACGCAAGCGAAAGCUGAUUCUGCAGGGAGAGACUCAGUUGCAUGAAGGACGUCUUGCCAAGAGUGGCCUGAGUCGUUCCAGUGAAGCGCCAAAGGCAGACAAGGGCACCUCUGAGAAGGGUGUUGCUAGCGCCAAGUUUCCUGGAACAGGCUUCAAGGCAGAUGAACUCAGGGUGUCUCAUGGGUCUUUCCACUCGUCAGAUCAGCCAGUGGAAGAGGAAAAACGAGAUGAAAAGCCAAAGCAGUCUUGCUUGGACAGGCUGACCAAGGCAGCUAUUGAUCUUCGGGAAAGAGUCAAGAAUGCAUACUAUAUGCAGAAAAUCGAGCGCUCCAGCAUUUCGGUGGAGAUUCGAAGCCGGGUGAAAUUUGAGCCGAUGCCUUUGAAGUGCUUCAUGGACAAGGCCACAUACGUCGCGGAUGAGGAUGAUGCCAAGGCCGUCCUGAAGAAACCGGAAGCUCAUUGGGACAGAUCCAUGUUCUCACCACCUGCCGAGCUCCUGGAAAAGGGUCGGCCUCCUCGUGGAGAGCUCACUGGAAUGCAGCAGAUUGUCUUUGUCCUUGGCCGAGUGGUGGGAUCCUCGGGCCUCCCUGCAGCUGAUGAGAACCAGCUGAGUGAUCCUUUCUGUGUGGUGGAAGCCAUGUCACGAACAGCUGGUAAAAUCUUUGUGCAUCGUACGCGGGUGGUUCCUCGCAAGCUUUGCCCCGAAUGGGAUGAAGCCUUCUACGUGCCGAUUCCUCAAGGCUUUGAAUGCAACAGGAUGAUGUUUAGUAUCUACGAUAGGGAUGAAACAGGUGGGGCUGCUGCAAUUAUUGCUGGCUUGGAUCCGCUUGAGCAGGACGAGUUUCUGGGGAGAGCAAGUGUUGAUAUUUCCUAUCUCUGCAGUGGACAGAAGCUCGUCGAGGACAUUCCAGUCUCCGGCUCUUUUGUUGGAAGCCAGGUGAAAACAACUGCGGGUUUCCGUCGCUCUCCCACAAUUUGCGUGGAGCUGAGCGUACAGCGCCGGAUUAAGCCGUGUUAUGGUCUGGCACCAGAGGACCAUUCUGCUGUGAUUCCACGAAGAACUCACAAAGUCAGUCGGCAGCCCUACUCGGUGGUCUACGCUGACCCAUCACAGUUUUUAACCGAAGUGCCUUUAGAAGAGAAGAUUGCGAUAAGCGUCAUGGAAGCCCACAAGACAGGCAGACUUCUAAAAGGUGCUGCCAAGGGGGAAUGGAUCCAGCAACCGCGGAUGGAUGUCCCGGAGGUGAUUCCAGACUCCAAGCCGCAGAUCCUUGAGCUGGAGCGAGCGACGCCUCAUGCGGAGCCACCAGGGCUGGACUUCACUCAGAAGUCUCCAGUUCAACGAUGCGAGUCAUUGCCGAUGCUCCAUUCCAAGUUCGAACAAACCCCGGCCUUGUUUGAGAUGACUCAGCCCCACAAAGGAAAGGCCCAGCUCAGCGUUCGCCAGGUCUUCAACUCCUACUCAACGCAGAGCAUUAUGCAGAGCCUCAAAGGCUUGUGGUUCAAACCCAUGCCUGACAUGCUGAUUCAUCGGCGAGUGGAGCCAAGUAGCAGCUCUCCUGAAAGCCCCCAUGGCCAUGGGCCAGACGUGCUGCUGCGGUAGCAGCUGCUGAAAAUCUUCAUUUGGACUGCUUGGCCAGAGAUGAGACCAUCAGUUGGCA